AUGGCAACUCGAUGCAUUUCAAUAAGAAUUUGUUACUCUUCAGUUCGUGUUCUGGCUAUUAUACUGACUAUAAAGGCUGCUCCGAUUAAAAUUACUGGAACUUCGUGCCACAACACGACGCACGUACACAGUUGUGUGUUAGCGUACACACAAUUCUAUGAUAAUAAUGAUGAUGAAGAAGAUGAGGAAGAAGAUGAUGGCGAUAAAGAUGAUGAUGAAGACGAAGAAGAUGAUGGCGAUGAAGAUGGCGAUGAAAAUGAUGAAGAUGAUGGUGAUGUAGAUGAUGAUGAUGAAGAAGAUGAUGAUGUAGAAGAUGAAGAAGAAAAUAAAAAAGAUGAAGAAGAAGAAGUUGAUGAUGAAGAAAAAGAUGAUGAUGAAGAUGAAAAAGAAGAUGAUGUAGAAGAUGAAGAAGAAGAUAAUAAAGAUGAUGAAGAAGAAUAA